AGUUUUCUUCUAGUUAAGAUAUCUAAUGUCUUCUCUCUUGUUUUACAGGAAAUUCUGUCUGUUCAGACAUGAAUUCUUGCAUUCCUAAUUGGAACUUUGAGGGUGAUCUCCCUUCAACCAACCAAAAGAAACCCUCGGGGCCAGAUCAUGAACUAGUAGAGCUGUUAUGGAGAAAUGGGCAGGUAGUUUUGCACAGCCAAACAAAUCGAAAACCAGGUCUUAAUCCUAAUGAGUCAAGGCAAGUUCAGAAACAUGAUCAAAUGAGGGUUGGUGGGUUCUAUGGGAACUCAGGUAAUUUGAUUCAUGAUGAGGAAGCAGUCUCCAUGAUCCAAUACCCUCUAGAAGAUUCCUUUGAUAAAGAUUUCUGUUCCCAUUUCUUUUCUGAACUGCCUUCCUGUGAUCCACUUGAGAUUGAGAAGCCAAUCAAACAAUUUGGAGAAGAGAAGUUUGUUAAGUUUGAUGCUUCUAAUGCCACCCAUCUUGUUUCGUCUUCACCACAAACUAAUGUCAAGUCCUCUACUGGUGUGGCAUAUCCUGAAAAUCCAAUGCCUCCUCCAAGAUUUCAGAUCAGUAAUCCAACUGAGAAAAACCAAAAUCUUGGAGGCUUGGGGAAAGUAGUCAAUUUUUCUCAAUUUUCAGCACUGGGAAGGGGUGAUAUAGGAUCUUCCAGAAAACAAAUAAGAGGGACAGAGCCUGGUAAGUUGAAUCAAGCAGAGGUUAGAGAGUGUUCUAUGAUGACUGUUGGAUCCAGUUACUCAGGUAGCAACCAAGUUCCUAAUGACUUUGAUGUGAGUCGGGCUUCGAGCAAUGGUGAUGGGACUACUGUGUUUUCUACUGGAACCUUGUACAACAAUGUUCAAAAGAUGAUGCCUCUGAGUGAGGGAGGGAUGACAGAAACCCUUGAUCCAACUCUUACUUCAUCUUCCGGCGGUUCUGGCAGUAGUUUUGGCAGAGGGAAGCAGUCUAAUGUUGUCAAUAGCAACAAAAGAAAGGGUAGAGAUGCCGAGGACUCAGAGUGCCAAAGUAAGGCUGCUGAAAUUGAAUCGGCUGCGGGAAACAAGCCAGCACCACGAUCAGGAUCAUCAAGGAGGACACGUGCUGCUGAAGUCCACAAUCUCUCAGAAAGGAGACGAAGAGAUCGGAUCAAUGAGAAGAUGAGGGCAUUGCAAGAGCUCAUACCUCAUUCUAACAAGACGGACAAAGCGUCAAUGUUAGAUGAGGCAAUUGAAUACUUGAAGUCUCUUCAGCUGCAACUUCAGGUAAUGUGGAUGGGAGGUGGGAUGACACCGAUGAUGUUUCCAGGAGUACAGCACUAUAUGUCCAGAAUGGGAAUGGGAAUGGGACCGCCUGCCAUGCCUUCUAUGCACAAUCCAAUUCAUUUACCUCGGGUUCCUAUAGUUGAUCAGUGCAUGACUGUGGCUCCACCAACAAACCCGGCCGUAAUGUGCCAAACACCGGUUCUGAAUCCUGUUGAUUACCGUAACCAGAUGCAAAAUCCCUCUUUUCAGGAACAAUAUGCACGUCUCAUGGGAUUCCAUCAUAUGCAGACCAUGUCUCAGCCUAUGAAUAUGUUCAGAUUCGGCUCUCAGCCUCUUCCACAAAGUCAGAUGAUGGCACCAACUGUCAUGAACACUGGACCUUUAAGUGGUGGAGCUGCAACUAAUGAGGGUUUAAGUGGCAAAAUGAGUUAAUAAACUACGAUGCAUGCUUAUCUCUAUGGACUAUGGUCCCCUAACUUAUAUAACAAGAUUACUUCUUUGUGGAAAAUGCGGGUUCUGAACUCUUCUUGAUCACACGGUUUAAAGGCUCCCCAAUCCACCGUAUAUAUUUCCUAUAGGUGAUCGAAAAGUCACUUUUCAUAUAUGCCAAUGAACCACUAUUGCAAGUGUUCAGACAUCUUAAUCGCGCAUUGAACUUGCUCCGAAACCCUACAAACAGAGACAAGAGUAGUUAUGUAUCUUUCUGGUUUGAGUUUUUUGACUCUGCAAGAGAAGGAAGUUUGUAUUCCAUGCCCCAUAACUUGUAUAAAAUACAGGCAUAUUGCUCAUUCAUGUUUGCUUAAAAAUAUGCCUACAUUUUUUAUAUGGAUACUGAUGCCUGUUACUUUCUUCAGUACCUUUAUGCUCAUGCUGUAUGCUCACACACUUCCUUAACACUAUCUUAUCU